CGCGUCCCCGAGAUAGCCGCCGCCAUGAGCCAGCCGCCUGCAGGGGGCGCGGCGGCCGAGCCGCGCCUGCAUCCCGAGGGCAGCAGCGGCAGGAAGCAGCCGCGGGCAUCCUCGCCGGCCCGGGCCCGCGACACCGCCCCGCGCCCGCCGCCCAGCGCCGCCAAACCCGCGCCCGCCGCCGCCAAAGCCGCCUCGGCGCGGCCGCCGCCCGGCCAGGCCCCCCGCGCCGCCCGCGGCCGCGCCGCCGAGAAGCCGCCGCGGGGAGCUGUCCAGCCCGGCGCCGGUGCUGAAGCGCCGCCCGCCGCCGGGAGAGGAGCGGCCGCCGCCGCCGAGGAGCCGCCGCCGCCGCCGGGCGCCGCCGAGGAGGCGCCCCCUGCAGGGGCCGGCGGGGCCGAGCGGGAGGGGGCGGCGGCGCCGCCGCCCAAGCAGUGGCGGGGGAAAGCGGGGCGGUCCCCGCUGAAGGGCGCGGGGGAGGCGGCCCCGGCGCCUCCAUCUUCCUCGGGCGCGGGGAAGGGCCGCGGUGCGGCGGCGGGCGGCGGCGGGUACUGGAAGGAGGGAUGCCUGCAAAGUGAGCUCAUCCAGUUCCACCUCAGGAAAGGGCUGGCGGCUGCCGCCCAGAUGCAAACCAAGGGCAGCAACCACAGCAGCAGCAGCGGCAGCGCUUCCUCCGCCGCCUCCGCGGCCGCCGCCCUGGCCGAGCCUCCCCCGGCCGCCUCCGCCUCCUCGCCCGCUGCCAUGGCGGCGGCCGGGGCGGAGGGGCUGCGGCAGGGCGAGACGGAAGGCGACGGCAGGAGCUGCGGCCCCGAAGGCGCCCUGAGCCCCCACCUGCAGGAGGAGAUGCAGGAAGAGAUGGAGAAACUGCGGGAGGAGAACGAGAGCCUCAAGAACGAGAUAGACGAGCUGAGGACAGAGAUGGACGAGAUGAGGGACAGCUUCUUUGAGGAGGAUGCUUGUCAGCUUCAAGAAAUGCGCCAUGAGCUGGAGCGAGCCAACAAGAACUGCCGGAUCCUUCAGUACCGGCUGCGCAAGGCUGAGCGCAAGAGGCUCCGCUACGCCCAGACUGGCGAGAUCGACAACGAGCUCAUACGCAGCAUGGAGCAGGACCUCAAGGUUGCAAAAGAUGUAUCGGUGAGACUUCAUCACGAGUUAGAAAAUGUGGAAGAAAAACGUACUAUAACAGAGGAUGAGAAUGAAAAAUUAAGACAGCAGCUUAUAGAAGUUGAAAUUGCAAAACAAGCACUACAGAAUGAACUGGAAAAAAUGAAAGAGCAAUCACUGAAAAGGAGAGGAAGCAAAGACCUACCAAAAUCAGAAAAAAAGUCACAGCAGACACCAACAGAGGAUGACAAUGAAGACCUGAAAUGCCAGCUACAGUUUGUCAAAGAAGAAGCAGCCUUGAUGAGGAAGAAAAUGGCUAAAAUUGAUAAAGAGAAAGACAGAUUUGAACACGAGCUGCAAAAAUACAGAUCAUUUUAUGGGGAUUUGGACAGUCCCUUGCCAAAAGGUGAAGCAGGUGGGCCACCUACCACGAGAGAAGCUGAACUCAAGCUUCGACUGAGGCUUGUGGAGGAAGAAGCUAACAUUCUCGGGAGGAAAAUAGUGGAACUAGAAGUAGAAAAUAGAGGACUGAAAGCAGAGCUUGAUGAUUUAAGAGGAGACGAUUUCUCAGGGACCACUAACCCGCUCCUGGGAGAGCAGAAUGAAUCCCUGUCAGAAUUACGACAGCAUUUGCAGCUAGUAGAAGAUGAAACAGAAUUGCUGAGGAGAAAUGUAGCUGAUUUAGAAGAACAAAACAAACGUAUAACAGCAGAGCUGAACAAAUACAAGUACAAGUCUGGGGCCCAUGAGAGCUCUAGGCACCAUGAUAAUGCCAAGACAGAAGCGUUACAGGAGGAGCUGAAAGCUGCACGAAUGCAGAUCAAUGAGCUGAGUGGCAAAGUCAUGCAGCUCCAGUAUGAGAACAGAGUCUUAAUGUCCAACAUGCAGCGCUACGACUUGGCCUCCCAUCUUGGUAUCCGGGGCAGCCCUAGGGACAGCGAUGCGGAAAGCGACGCGGGAAAAAAGGAGAGCGAUGACGAUUCCCGCCCCCCUCACCGCAAGAGGGAAGGUCCCAUCGGUGGGGAAAGCGACUCUGAAGAGGUGCGCAACAUUCGGUGCCUGACGCCCACGAGGUCUUUUUAUCCAACGCCAUCUGGGUGGCAGAAAAGCUUCACUGACAGGCAGCAGAUGAAGGACAUUCGCUCUGAAGCGGAGCGGCUGGGCAAGACAAUAGACCGCUUAAUUUCCGACACGAGCACCAUCAUCACGGAGGCACGAAUUUACGUAGCUAAUGGGGACCUCUUUGGACUGAUGGACGAGGAGGACGACGGCAGCAGAAUACGUGAGCAUGAGCUCCUGUACCGGAUCAACGCGCAGAUGAAGGCCUUCAGGAAGGAGCUCCAGGCUUUCAUCGACAGGCUCGAAGUUCCAAAGUCUUCGGACGAUCGAAGUGCAGAUGAACCUUUGUCAGUGAGUCAGGUAGACUUUUACUUAUUACGGCCUACAGGUAAAAAGGCUCUGCCAAGCAAAUUAAACCUCAAAUUGGAUUUAUGGCACAAAAAGAAAAUUCUUUAUUCUCGGCAGUGGACGAAAAUCACUGUUUCUUAUAUUACUUAAAAUCCUCAUUUGGCCAUAUGAAACAUUCUACCAAUAGGGUUGUUUGUGAACAGUGAAUAAAUCUGGUCUCCUGGAAAUUAAAAUUAUGCACUAGAAGGUAGAACAUUUUACUCCUUUCUGGCUUUGCAAUUGCAUUUGACAGAGUUGGGCCUUCGUUGCCACUAAAGGCAAUGUAAACAGUAUUUUUGGUACAUGUGAACAUGAUUCGUAAAUGGACAUGAGUGUUUUCUUAGUGGAUGGGUUCCUAUUAAAUGAAUAAAAAUAAAAUUUUAUUCAUUUUAAGCAGAAGGAAAUACUAAAUUUCAAAAAUUGUAGAGAAUAUGGCAAACUACAGGUUAAAAGAAUCAUGCAAAUCUACUCUAUAGAGUCAUAGAGCCACACAGUAAUGUGAAUAUUGUAAUUGCUGUAAUAGGUUGCAUCUGGUUGAAGGCCUGUUAAUCACUGCUUGCAUGCAGCAGUAACAAGCAUCUUUGUUGUGGUUUGUUUUUGUGCAGAAUUGUUUCAGAGAGGUUUUGGGGAGCAAACUCCUCGCUGACUCAAGAUCUUUUGCCAUGAAAAAUGAAAAUUACGUACCCUUAUCUUAUCAUGCAAUCCUCUAGUUGGCAUAUCUUGU